AUGGCAGAUAAGAGUAAAUCUAAGGCUCACAGGGUAGUUCAUCAAAGUAGUGAUAUUGACGAACUCGAGAGUGACAAUUCGAGUGGUGAUUCAAUAUCACUAGUAAGCUAUCUGAACAUAAAUACGGAUUCCGAGGAAUCGCAACUCAACAAAGAUGUACUUAUUACAGAUGCUCAAAUUGUACAGGUUGGGGAUGCUUCCGUAAGGACAAGGUCUCACGUUCAAAAACUAGUUGAUAGUAGGAAAAAUAGACAAACUCGAGAACUAAGAAAACAGAAAACUUUGAGUGAUUAUCUAUUUGAAGCCGUGAGUGACCGGGAGGGAGACUGCGAUACGCCUCAGGAUUUAGUUUCUUCUAAAUGCAGCACUACUUUGGAGAAGAAAGCAAUUCUUUCCGCUCUUGGAAAGCACAAUUCCGCAAAUGUAUUCGACACGCUGGCUGAAAUUCAUGCUAAUCAGGGAUGGAUAGUUUCAUAUCUGGAAAAUAUCUGCAAUAAUAACAAGUCUCAAAGUGUCGAAGAAUUAAUGAAUAAAUUGUGUGAGCGUCAGAAAUUACUCGCGGAGUAUUCUCAAUUAUUACAAACUCGAUUGCAAAGCACAUCAGUGAAGCUGCAGUGCAAAGCGUCUUCGCGAAUUGAAAGUUAUAUGGAAAAGGACGAUCCAAAUUUCGAGAUUAUCAACAUUGCUAGUGAAGAACUCCAGGACACUUCUGGUAACUUAGCAAUUGGGAAACAAGUUAAAGAACCGAUUAAGCACGCGAUCUUCGUAGAGUUGCCCAAUGAGUCAAACUCGGAGAGGAAACUAGUGUCAGUUUUCCUGUUUGACAAUGCUCUUGUGUGUGCUCGUCAAAGGGUUAUCACUUUGCACAAGCAUUAUACACAGGAUUUGGAGAGUGACACGAAUUCGGUCUCAACUGACCUGAAAGACCAAUCCGGGUUCGUAAUGAAUGCAAAGAGCAUUACUCGAUAUGAAAUUAAGUGGUUUGUUUUGCUCAACCAAAUUCAAUUCGUUGAAACUACUGGAGUAGCUUUCGAUGAGAACAGUCUUCGGGAGAGGCUCAAAACCAUUGAAAAACUUAAAGGUGACAUUGUUAUUGCUCGACAGAAACUGCAGGAAGAAAUGAAUAAGGUGGAAAAAGAGUCUAAAAGACAUAAAUUAAAAUAUCCGAAGAUCCGACGGCUUCGAUCUCAAAUUCAUAGUCUGCAAGCGGAGUUGAUUCUUCAAGCUCCAAAGUUGCCUUUAUUUAUACAUACUGCAGACAGACAAUCAUAUUGUCUUCUAAUGUCAUCAGAAAAAGAACGGAUUGUUUGGAAAUCGGCGAUCUUGCAAGCGAAAGCAGAUUAUCAUCCUCAAGAUAAGCACCGAAGCCCUACUCCAUCAUUAAAGCACAAUUCUUCAAUAAAACCUUUGUCGAGCGUUUUCCGAGAUACCAAGCGAAAAUCCGACAGUCCAGUUAGAGUGCGUGAAGGUUUAGAGCCAGAAUCAAAUGAUUCAAUGAAAAACGAACUAUCCUAUAUCAUAAAUCAUUGCAAGGUUGCUUCUCUCAAUAAUUUUGGCAAAGUUGUUCUUUCGGGCAGCGCUAUUAAUGGAAUUUUGGAGGUUUAUAUUCACGAGGUUACAGGCUUGACGGAAAGAGAUUCCUAUUAUAUAGCAAUAGAAGUCGAUUUUUAUGGCCACUUUGAACUGGUUGGCAAGACGAAAAGCAUUAGCAACACAACGAAUCCAAGUUGGAAUCAGUCAUUUAUACUGGAACUGGAUACGUCAAAAACUAUUUGUUUUACUCUCUUCCGGCAAUCAACAGCCAUUGGACAGCUUGAACUUCCACUAGAGGUCGAUCAUUUGGACCAAAAGAACGAGUCUUUCAAUUUGAUUGGUCUUGAUGAUACUACCAAAACGAUGAGUUUAAAACUCUCCAUUUCAUACAACGAGGGUUCAAGCACACGAGGGCGGGAAGACUCGAAGAAUCAAUUAAAUAUGUUUGGUCUUACCCUCACUGAGGUUCUAAGCCAAGAUCAGGCCAAUUUGGAGCUCCUGCAACGAAAAUUAAGUAAUGAAAAGAAGUACGCGAAACUUAGGGUUCCUGUGCUGGUGACUGCGUGUGUUGAGGAAAUUGAAAGACGAGGUUUACUGGAGGAGGGAAUCUAUAGGACAAGUGGCACUACCACAGCCAUCACCUUCCUCAAAGACCAAUUCGACCAAGAUACAGUGUCAGCUGCUAAACAGAUCGGCGACUACGACAUCAACGUUGUUAGCGGCCUAUUAAAGUUAUUUUUCAGGAAUCUUUCAACGCCGCUUAUACCCGACAAUGUUAUGAAUAAGCUCAUCGAAGCGUAUGCCAUAGAGGAUGAGAAGGAGAAGAUGACAGGAUUUAGCGCAGCUCUGAAAACUUUACCUACGGCUAAUUUGGACACUUUUCGAUAUCUAUUGGAUCACUUUAUUCGUGUGUGCCAACAUGAAGAACAGAAUAAAAUGAACGCUGGCAAUCUUUCAUUAAUAUGGGCGAUGACCUUGUUCCAACCUCCCUCUGCCUCCCUACGAAGUGGCGUUGCCAAUCCCACUGCAAUUGACGCAGCUUCACUUCAGAGCGUUCAAAAAGCGACUUCCAAUAGCAUGCUUCAGACCACCAUUUUAAAUACUCUUUUAGUCUCCUACGCCUCCGGAAAGCUUGACUUAUCCCGUCAGUUAAUCGCACAUUUGUGA